GCUGAUAGGCGCCUGUGCCAACCAAAAAGCAAUUACCAACACCUUUUUGCUGCGGUUGAGGAAUUGCUCAGCUUCCGCAGCUCGUUAAACACUCUUUGAUGGAUAUCUCAGAGCAAGCGAUACAACCGUCGGAUUUUUUUAUUGUUUCCCGUACGCCACGAUCCCUUUGUCUUGUCCUGCAGAGCAAAUAGUGUACAAUACAUAACGCAGCAUAUGAUUGAAAGAAUAAUCUUGCCGCUAGAACACACCCCUCAUCUGCGAUGCCGGGAAAGAUUCUGAUCCAAAGCAGCCUGUUACCCCUUGAGGCCGUGUCGCUCGGCCGGUUCGUCGUGGACAUAAAUCAUCCACAGCGUCGCUACCACGAUCCUUUCCCCGGCAAAAUCCUAGGCUCAACCGUACAGGUGGAGAAGGAUGUCACGGAGAUGGUGCAGCGGCUCCAGAGCACGCGUGCCCGCGUCUCCCUGACGGAGCUCCUGACCUUCUUCAGGUCGAAGCAUGAGAGGCAGGCCAUCCAAGUGCGCGCCGUGAUGGCGGGGCGAUAUAUACUGAGCCAAUGGGACAGCAUCUUCUGCAGUGCGUGCGCCUUGGAAGGGACUAGACGAUGGCUGGAGGAUGCCAUUGAGGACGGGAAGGAGAUUUACUUCACCGUGGGCUACUGCACAUUUGUCAACCCUGCAGCGGUGGAAGAAGCACGAUCUGGCAAAGGAAUCGAGCAAUCGGUGCAGCUACCCGUGAGCAUUGUGGCGGAUGCGAAUCUCGCUGGGAUCCAACUUGGAGGGGUUGCCGACCCUGCUAUGUCGCACAGCAAGGAGAAGGAUACGCUGGCGGCAAGAUCAUACAGCAUGAGCGGAGAGUACGUGUAUGCCGUGCAGUACUGCAAGGUGAGCUUCAAGUGGUUUUCGACUCGCAAUGUUGAGUCGAGCUUGCUGGGCAAGAAUAAAUGGAGGGUGUAUAUCGGCGUCAGGGGGGAAGAGGAGGACUGGGACGGCAAAGCAGACGACAAUACAGUGGAGGCUGAGCUUGUAAAGGAUUGGCAAUCUGAGGAUACUACAGUUGUUGAAUGCUAUUGACAGCUCACUAAUUAUAUUUGAAAGUUAAUAUAUAAUCAUACGCAGUCGUUAUAUGUAAUUUAGCUUUUACAGUUAUAAUUAUACACCUAUCAGC